AUCAACUUUCGAUUUCACACUUCAGUUUCAGCAGGUUUUCAGGCUAUUUAAGUUAAUUAAAUAAACAGUCCACCUUCAACGUAAAUAAUUAAGAACCAAUGAAUUAAAGUGAACUUUUUGUUGUAAUAGUCCGGCAACUGUACAGACAUUGAUGGCCCGCAAUGAUACACAAUGGGAUGAUGAAUGCCAAUACUCAAACAGGGACAGUGAUGGGAGCCCACUGUUAUACAGACAUGACAGAAAUCGACUGGUUAGAGAGAGAUCUGAUAGAAGAUGGCCGGUGACAAUUAUAGCGAAAUUUUCACUUUUCAGCACAGCCAUGAUAUUGUUUUGCGUGUUUAUGUAUAUCCCAGUGUACAACCGAGCAAAUGACCAGAUGCCAAAAGUUGCGGUAGCAGGCUGGUCCAUACAUACGAAUCGCGAUACAAAAAUCUAUGUACAACCCAAUAACGUUACGACAAUACACGAGCCGAUAUACAUAUGCCCAAAGAAAAAUCGGGAGAAACUAUUUCUUCUCAUCGUAGUGUGUUCUUCGACAACGAACUUCGAGAGGCGGGUCGCGAUUCGGGAGACUUGGGGUAAUUCGACAAACUUUGUAGAAAGUGCGAAGAUAUUUCACGCGGUACACGAGAAAUAUAAGAAUUAUAAUUAUUCGUAUGAUCUAUACGCGGAAAUGAAUUACACGGAUCGGCGCAGACGGGAUGUGGAAGCAGAAGAACUCGUCAGGAUAACGGAAGGUGUUGAUAACAAAUCCACUGCAGAUUUUGAACUUAAAGAUGAAGUGGGAUUAGAUAAAACUGAUUCAUCAGGUGUUGGCACAGUAACGGAAGCACUAGAAAAUAAAGAUUCUGUUCUAGAAGAACUACAAAGUACAAUUGCAAUAGCAACGAAAAACAUACAUAGAAAGAGAGAUUUAACCAGUUUCAACCGGAUACUACCGGAACUGGCUAAAGCGUUAAGCGUUACUAUGGCAGAUACGGACGACAAAAUGUUGCCAGAAUUUGAUAUGAAUAAAGAAAUUGGCGGACAAGAAAACGAAAUGGAUUACAAUUACGAUUAUGACACAAAUAUAAUGAAAAUACCACCACGAGGCGAAGAGAACUUCGAUCUGGAGAACGUUAUAGCGAAAAUCAAAGAGAAUUACCCGAAAAAUGAUGUUAACUACAAAGUUGUGUUUCUAUUGGGGUUGCCAGCUAACGAUAAUAGUAGCGAGGUUCAGGAUAAAAUUGACGAGGAAGUGGAUAAAUAUGGUGAUAUUAUACAGGAAGGUUUUAUAGAUUCAUACAAUAAUUUGACAUUGAAAUCUAUAAUGAUGCUAAAGUGGGUGACAAAUAAUUGUGGUGAUAGCGUGCGAUAUAUAUUAAAAACAGAUGACGACAUGUAUAUUAAUGUACCAAAUUUGAUGAUGAAUCUUCAAAAUCGUUCAAAAAUUCACGACCAAACGAAAGAGAAGGAAUAUCUGUUAAUUGGUGAUUUGAUUUGUGGAGCUCGUCCCGUCCUGGAUACGAAUAACAAAUGGUACAGCCCACGUUACAUGUAUUCCGGGAGGGUCUACCCGCGUUAUUUGUCCGGUACAGGCUACGUUUUAAGUACACCAACGGCGCAUGCGCUUUACCAGGCGGCGUUGCGAACACAUUACUUUCACUUGGAAGAUAUUUUCAUCACUGGCAUGUGCUCCCUUCGAGCGACACCGCGUAUAACGCCGCGUGACGAACCGGGCUUUUCCUACAACGGUGGAGGCGGCGCUUGCGCAGUACAUUCGAAGCUGACAGCGCAUCACGUCACGCCGUACCGUAUGAAGAGGGUCGCUUUGUUGUUGAGAGAUUUGGGUUAUGUUGAUAGAUGUGAACGCUUGCGGCUAACUCAGAUAAAAACUCACCGUGAAUCAAGAAUGUUUAUUAUUUACAAGUAUCUCCGAUUGGUCGUUGGCGGACAAUGUUGAGGUAUUCAGGACCACCUUUAAUUCUCAUGAAUCUCGAUACUAAGAUUUGUAUGAAAUGUCAUUUCGAAAUAGAGUUGCCAACAUACGAAACCAGGCGAGGCAAUUCAAUCUUUUCGUGUAUGUAAUGUUUGCCAAUAAGUGUCACAUUAAAUAUGUAUUAUUGCCGAGGGCUGGCAAGCUUUUAUAAGUAAAGCGAAAAUAGAUCUGAGUACUCUCUCUAUAGGGAUAAAAUAAGCUCAGCUGAACUCUGAAUUUAAAAAAAAAUAAGUAGCCUGAGUUGAAUUUCUCUUCCAACUCAGACAUUUAUUCAGGCAAAUAAAUAAAAUAUUAAAAGUAAUCGUAACUUAAGAAUCAGCGGAUAUCUUGUCAAUAUAAUAUCGGAAAUAUUAGUAUUGUUAAUUACAAUUUUAAAAAAAUGCUUUAACUAUAUAUAGUAAUCGGUGAAUCCGGUUCAAGGACGCUUAAAUAAAAAUAUUGUAGUACUAUGUUUAACGGGCUGUAUAUGCUUUGGCAAUGGCAAUUGGGAGUGGGCGCGGUUUACAAUCACGCAAUGAUGGCUCUCGGUAGAGGUAACUUUAUAAUUUAAAUUGAAAUAGGUUGUGUUUACUCAUAAUAUAGACUGUUAAUUGCUCAAAAUAUAAAGUGUAGUACGAUUGGCUAAGUUGAUCUAACAUUUGGGUAGUACAAGGGUCAUUGACCUUUAUAGGAAAUUUAACAAAAGUGGAAGUAAACUUUAAGUAGCAAAAAUGAAAUAAUUUUUUCUGAGGCGAUAGUGACAACUGCAUGAGGAUGACUUAGCAAGUUUUCUUUCACAGACUACGUAGGUUAUAAUGUAUUACAAUGAAAACAUAGAGUUUGUCAAUUGUCUAAUCGAGUUUGUGGUUGUUAAAAUGAUUUAAUAUUUAAUAGGCAUAUUUGUUGACAAAUGUACUAACUUCUCCUUAAACAAAUCACGAAUAUUGUAUAUGUGUAUAUUCAUUUGUCAAAACCUUGGUAGCUUCUCCCAAAUUCGUUUAAUUCGGACUUCGGUGUACCUCGACGUAAAUUGCGAUGACAACCUCAUGAUAGAGAGGAUUUUUGUGAAGAUUAGAACAGUCGUCAUUCAUGAUGAAGAAAUGAAUCUGUCUUCACAUCUUAAAGACGGACGAAUCUUAAUGAAGGACUCUUUUCUCGAAUUGAUUCGGAAAUACUUUAGUGGGCAGCUGGUUCCACAUAGUGGAGGUGAGCGGCAAAAGCUGCCUUAAGAAAGGCAAAAUCCCUUAUAAUUGCACUCAGUAUAAUGAUACCGGUUAUGCCUACUUGGGGGUUUUUCUCCCAAAUUUAGGGGAAUCAAGAUUCCGUGGGGUUUUAGGCGGUACAUUUAUUUAGGAGCAUUUACCGUUUAAAAAAAUAUCAAAUAUAAUCUGUUAUUUCUCCAAGGACUAAAUAACAACUAUUUACUACAUGAAUGUUUUUUAAUGGUUGCGGGUACAACAAAAUCUCUUUGGGCUUAUAAUCGAUAUUUGUUUGUGUUGCCUUUGAAGUUGGUCCUAGAGGAACAUUCUGUAGGAGGUGACUUCCGUAAAUCAAAUUCCAAUGAUUUCAUUUUAAUUAUUUUUUCAUAUUAAAUUGAAAAAGCAAUAGCUUUGACGCGAAAAUAGCCAUUUUAAUUUAUUAGUUUUAUUUGUAUAUUUUGUAUAACGGUUGAGAAUUUUUUUCAUAUCUUAACUAAUCCAUGACUCAUUCCACUUCUAGUUAAUUUUACGUAUCAGUCAACUGUCCAAAUUCCUGAAGGGACGGGUGUUGCUUAACCUAAGUAAUUACGAUUACUCGUUGUUUUGACCGCAACAGUGAUUUAAAUAUAACAGGUGAUAUCAAGUAUAUGACCACGACAAGUGUUGCUUAACCUUAAUGAUUUAAGCUAAAUUAAGUUAUUAUUUCCUAUUAAAAUCAUUCCUCUCGAACGCCUUAUAGAGAUAUUUUAUAUAAAAAAUGUUAUUAUUUGCGUUGUAUUGAAUAAUUAGGAUAUUUAUCGCGUAAUUAAAUAUUUUAUCGGAUUGUUAAAUUUCUAUCCACAGUUAAGUAAUAUUUGUAAAAUUCGCGCCAAAAUCUAUGAAUAUCUAAAACGUUUUAUCUGUGGAAGUAAUUUGUGAUUUAGCGCCAACACAAGUAUUAAUCUGUUGUAUUGUUGAUUUAGUCUGUGGACCUAUGAAAAGAAUUUGGCGCCGAUUUUUUUUUACAAUAAAGUACCAACUCUGUA